AUGGCGGACGGCAUUGACAGACGCGCUGAUGACCGGAUGGAGUUCAACACCUCGAAGGAGGUCACGGUUGCUCCUACCUUCGAGGACAUGCACUUGAAGGAGAGCCUCCUUCGUGGUAUCUACGCCUAUGGAUACGAGUCUCCGUCGGCAGUUCAGUCCCGUGCCAUCGUCCAGAUCUGCAAAGGUCGCGAUACCAUUGCUCAGGCGCAAUCCGGUACCGGUAAGACCGCUACGUUCUCGAUCAGUAUCCUCCAGGUUAUCGAUACUGUUGUCCGGGAGUCUCAGGCGCUGGUCCUUUCCCCCACUCGCGAACUUGCCACCCAGAUCCAGUCGGUCAUCAUGGCUCUCGGUGAUUACAUGAACGUCCAAUGCCACGCUUGUAUCGGAGGUACGAAUAUCGGAGAGGACAUUAGGAAGCUUGAUUAUGGCCAGCAUGUGGUCUCGGGCACACCGGGCAGAGUCGCAGAUAUGAUCCGCAGACGCCACUUGCGCACCCGUCACAUCAAGAUGCUGGUUCUUGAUGAAGCCGACGAGCUUCUCAACCGUGGAUUCCGUGAACAGAUCUACGACGUCUACCGCUACCUCCCCCCUGCCACCCAGGUCGUCGUUGUUUCCGCCACCCUCCCGUACGAUGUGCUGGACAUGACCACCAAGUUCAUGACCGACCCUGUGCGCGUCCUGGUCAAGCGUGACGAGUUGACCCUCGAAGGAAUCAAGCAGUAUUUCAUUGCCGUUGAGAAGGAAGACUGGAAGUUCGACACCCUUUGCGAUCUUUACGAUACCUUGACCAUCACCCAGGCGGUCAUUUUCUGCAACACUCGCCGCAAGGUCGACUGGCUCACCGACAAGAUGCGCGAGGCCAACUUCACCGUGUCCAGCAUGCACGGUGAGAUGCCCCAGAAGGAGCGUGACAGUAUUAUGCAGGAUUUCCGCCAGGGCAACUCUCGUGUACUCAUCUCCACCGACGUCUGGGCACGUGGUAUCGACGUGCAGCAAGUGUCCCUGGUUAUCAACUACGACCUGCCCACCAACCGUGAAAACUACAUCCACCGUAUCGGCCGUAGUGGUCGUUUCGGACGUAAGGGUGUUGCCAUCAACUUUGUCACCAGCGAUGACGUGCGCAUUCUCCGUGAUAUCGAAUUGUACUAUUCCACUCAGAUCGACGAGAUGCCCAUGAAUGUUGCCGAUCUCUUGUCUUAA